CGGCGGCGGCAGCGGCGGCGCUUGGCGACCGGCCUGCGGCUGCGGGUCCGCGGCGGCGGCGGCAUGCGCGUGUGAGAUGCGGCCGCGGGCAGUCGGGACGCGAGCAGCGGCCGCCGCGGCAACGGGAAAGGCGGGCGCGGCCUGCUCGGCGCGGGGCGCCCGGCGCAUGAGGGCGAGCACGCGGGCGCUGGGCAGCUGCCGGCCACGCCGCCUCUAUAAACACUGGUUUAGGACUCGUUCGCCCCGUGGACGCCCCGGCGGCCCCCGCCAUGGAGGCUCCGCCUGACGGCGGGGCCCCGGUGUCGGCCGCGAGCGCGGCGCCGCUGCGCGCCCCGGACGUGGCGCGGCUCCGCGAGGAGCAGGAAAAGGUGGUCACUAACUGCCAAGAGAAAAUCCAGCAUUGGAAGAAGGUGGAUAGUGAUUAUAAUGCUCUGCAGGAAAGACUCAGUACCUUACCUGAUAAAUUGUCUUAUGAUAUCAUGGUACCAUUUGGCCCAUUUGCCUUCAUGCCAGGAAAGCUUAUUCAUACCAAUGAAGUCACUGUUUUACUGGGAGACAAUUGGUUUGCAAAAUGCUCAGCAAAGCAAGCUGUGGGCUUAGUCGAGCAUCGGAAAGAACAUGUAAGAAAAACAAUAGAUGAUUUAAAAAAAGUGAUGAAAAAUUUUGAAUCUAGAGUUGAAUUCACAGAAGAUUUACAGAAAAUGAGUGAUGCUGCAGGUGAUAUUGUUGAUAUAAGAGAAGAAAUUAAAAGUGACUUUGAAUUUAAAGCUAAAUACCGAAUUGCUCAUAAACCUCACUCCAAACCCAAAACUUCAGAUGUUUUUGAAGCGGAUUUUGCAAAUGCUAUGAAAUCUGAUAAUUUACUUGCUGAUAAGGAACUGUGGGAUCGGCUUGAAGAACUAGAGAGACAAGAAGAAUUGCUGGGUGAACUUGAUAGUAAGUCUGAUACUGUGAUUGCAAAUGGAGAAGAUACAACAUCUUCAGAAGAGGAAAAGGAUGAACAAAACAUAAAUGUGAACACGAUGCAUCAAAUAAUAGACUCUCAUACUUCCAGCAGUUAUAAGAAUGUUACAAAUUCAGAACUGUUCAAUGGCCAAAUGAAUAGUCAACUGAACUGUUCAGUCAAUGGUUCAAAUUCUUACAGUAAUGAAGAAGACGAAGAAGAAGGAGGAGAAGAAGAUGAAGGGGAGGAUGAGUAUGAUGACGACAGUGAAAAUGACCAUGAUGCUUUAGAUGUUGGAGAAAAUUCUAUACCAACAAUAUAUUUUUCUCAUACUGUUGAACCUAAGCGGGUUCGAAUAAAUACUGGAAAAAAUACCACCUUAAAAUUCAGUGAAAAGAAAGAGGAAGCCAAACGUAAGCGAAAGAACAGCUCUGGUGGUGGCCAUGCCACCCAUGGCCACGAGCUGCCUAUGAUCAGGACUCCUGCUGACAUUUAUAGAGUCUUCGUUGAUGUAGUGAAUGGAGAAUAUAUCCCUCGUAAGUCAAUCCUGAAGUCUCGCAGCAGGGAGAACAGCGUGUGCAGUGACACCAGUGAAAGCAGUGCCGCUGACUUUGAUGAUAGGCGGGGCAUUCUGAGAAGUGUUAGCUGUGAAGAGGCCUCCUGCAGUGACACCAAUGAGAAUAUUCUGGAAGAAGAACAACAAAACCACCCAAAAAAACUUUUGCCUUUAUCAGGAGCAUCAGAGGCUUUUUCUGGGACUGUAAUAGAAAAAGAAUUUUCAUCAUCUUCUUUAAUACCACACACAGCCACGGUUCACCCUCUGCUGCCCACCAUACCAGAGCGAAAAGAAGUUCUAUCAGAAGCCUCGGAAGAAACGGCAAAGAGGGUCUCAAAGUUCAAAGCUGCCAGAUUGCAGCAGAAGAACUAGGAAAUGGGAAUUUGCAUCCUAAAACCUAGUUUUAUAUUUGAAUAUAUAUAUUAUGUAUAUAUGCAUAAUAUGUAUAUUAUGUAAUUUGAAAUAAGACAUUCUGAGUUAAUUUGGCAGCCGGGUCUCUUAUUCUUAUCAGUGACAUUAAAAAAAAAAAAGUAAAUGUUUGAGUACUUUAAUAUUCAGCUUAUUUUGUUAAUUCUCUAAAUACUGUCAACACUCUUGUCUAAGUUUUCCUUAUGAUGCAAUGGCAACAUUUUGAAUUAUUUUUCAAAGAAUACUGUUCUUAUGCAUUGUUUUUGUUUCAAACUAAAUACAGGCAGUUUUGUACCAGCUGUGAUGUUGUGCAUACCAUAUGGACCAUUCUAAAGAAACUUUUAAAAUUUCAAGUAGAGCCAACAGUUACGUUACUUGCUUUAGUAUUUUAAGGCACUUUAAAAAAAUCUACUUCUUGUAGAUUUUGCAGCUAGGUGACUAUUUAAAAAGAAAAUCUCCCCCCCCUUAACUGCCAUUCUGUAAUCUCAUAAGGCAGAAAGCUUUCAUGUACCCCAGGGGAAAAUUUCUUUGACUGGAAGAAUGCUAUUUUGUAAAACAUUUUUUUUUUCAAGUAAAGAUUUUAUUAAACUUGGUAUCUAAAAUGUUGUGAACUUUUUGAUUUAGAAUUAGACAUAUAUAGAAAUGUCUUUGACUCAUAUUUAUGGCACCACCUCAGAUUCAGUAAUUAAUUAGAAGCUUCUUUUCUACUGUGUGUUGUUCUUACCGAUGUUAUAAUUUUGAGAGAAAGUUGUCUAAAUGCAAAAAUCUUUUUAACAAAAAAUUUUAUUUUCAUCUUUUCAACAAUUUCAUUCAAAGAAUCCUUUCUUAAUAAUAGUAGAAGGAACAUCCUUUUAUCAAAAUUUCUUAAAAUUACGGGAGAUUUAUUCUCUUGAAUUUUCUCUUAAAAGUUACACUGUAAGUGUUAAUCAUUAUUAGCUUGAUGCAUGCUAAAAUGUAGCUUUUAAAAAGCAUUCUGCAUUAGUACUAAAAUAAGCCAUCAGUGCCAGUCCACCCUCUAUUCAUGGCUAAAUAGUUAAAGGUUAUUUAUAGCUUCUUUGAUGAAUUCUUAUUUAAACAAAGUGAAAUUAUGUCCUUGAAAAGAAGCUGUUUGUUACUGGAACAGCACAACUGUAAGUUUUAUGAAUAUGUAUUUUAAUAAUAGGGGUGAGCCUGAGUCCUCAUAAGUUUAUGGAUAAUUUAGAACACAAGACUUAUUUUGAAGAUAGCCUAAAAGUUUUUGCUUGUAAAAUUUGGUCAACUGUGCAUAUAUAUUAAUAGUUUAAAAGUUUUUUCUCUUACUCUGUUGUCCACUAAACCUACCACCACCAUCAUACCAAGACUAGUCACAUAUAUACCACAGGAGCUUCCAAUUCUAGCUGCUAUUCAAGUAAACCUUUCUGUGCUAGAAUUCCCCCCCUGUAAUAAACUUUAUUGCUGAACUAUUGAGGUAUUGUUACAGGCAUAAUUUCAAGAGUAUGGUCAUUAAAAUAAUUUUCAGUUUUAUGAACUUUAUUUUUAACCUGCUGUUGAUGUAGUUUAUGUUAUUUGAAAAUAGAUAAUUUCCUCAUAGAACAAGAUGGUAGUAGAAGUAGUAUUUGAUGUUUUUCUAUGUUCUGCUAUAGAUCAAAUGAGAUAUUGUUGUCCCAUUUCAUAGCUUUAGUCAUAUAACAAAGAUUCAAAUUGUAAGUUAACUAUAGCCUUAUUUUUCUUAUUAAAUUCCUGUUUCAGUGAGAUAAAAAUAAAGCUGGUUUUAAGUA